GAACGAGGGACACGGGAGGACACGGCAAGACUCGGGAGGAGUCGGCGGACGGAGCCAGAGCCAGAGCCGGCCCUGCAGAGGGCGUGCGGUGAGCGGCAGCAGCCGCGGGCCGAUCGGGGCUCGGCGCCUUCCCGGAGAGGAAGAGCCAUUCUCCAGACCCUGCAAAGCCCUGGUGCAGCUCGCCAGUCUCCGUGUUCAGGGCUUUAUGCGGGAAUCAGAGCAGGAUGGAUCGCUAUCGAUAUUUCAUCUUUAACCAGAGGAACAUGGUCGUGCUGGGGAUGUUCCAGAUCGCCUUCAGCACCGUCUGUGUCACCUGUGGCUUCAUAGAUGGCAUCUUCAGGACAGAGUCUCAGCUGGGCAAAACCAGAGCUCCAAUUUGGGCUGGCAUGGUGAUGGGAGUCCCAGGCGUGCUGGCUUUGUUCUCCUCGCAGAGGAAGAAUCCAAUUCUGGUGAAUGUACUGAUUGUUGCUUCCAUAAUCUCCUGUGUUGCCAUCCUCGUUGUAAUAUUUUAUAGCUCCUUCACACUGAGCUAUGGGGAAGAGGAGGAGCUGAGUUCUGCCCCAGUCCAUGUUGUCCAUACUCGGUUCAUACUCAGCAGCGUUGUCAGGGGUGCCAGCAUAGCCAUGCUGGCUGCCUCCACCUGCAGCGCCUUCGCCGUGCUGGCCAUGGCUUACCUGGGCUGCCGCAGCCUGCCCCGCUGCUCCUGCUACGACAGCGUCACCGGCAUGGAAUGGUUGCAACCCAGUGAGGACCAAACUCAGGCUGUGGAAAUGGUUUGUGCUGUACAAAGCCCUGGGGGGAGAAUUUUUAACUUCACAGAUCGGUUUCCAGCCCAGGAUGAAGAUGCAGAAGAAGACACCUCCAAACCUCCACCAUAUGUCAGAUUGACUUGAAAAUGUGGCCAAACAUUUUGUUCAAACGUGGCAAGAGAGAUGUGAGAAGUUCUUGAUCUUUACAGAUGUUAUGCACUUUUCCUUGGCCAUUUGAAAAACACAAAUAGAGCAAAUUAGUGAAUGCCAACACUGAGCAGAGAUCACAGUGCAGAGGGAAAGAUCUGCAGGUGAUUUUGGACUUUCAGACUGUUCAGUGAAAAUACCUCAUUACCUCUGGAAAGUGAGAGCAUAUUUUUUUUCCUCCAGCUUUUGUACUUAAAUCAUGUCUUAUUUCAGUAGAAUUCAUCAUGUAAUUUGUGUAGCAGUGCUAGCCUUAGGCAUUUAAAUAUUAAAUACAAUUCCCUUUUCUUCAAUUGCCAUCUCGAUUUCUCCCUCUUACUGCAUGAAUUAUUUGGAUAAUAAUGAAGGACACACUUCAUCCUUGAGCUUCAGAGUGUUUUCCUCUUCUUCUUGGUAGGAAUGGGGGCAAGUAAAGUUUUUGAAAUGAAACCUUAAUAAUGCCAUUCAGGUACCUCUGUCAAAAUGUGACUUCUGUGGGGUGCACAUGUGGUAGCACAAUCAGUUUCAGCACUGAAGUGUGGCAGGAACUGGAGCUGCAGCAGCUCCUCUUAUGAAGUAACUUGAGUACUCUAAAUUCAGUUCAACUUUUCCUGUUUCUAUUUUGUAGAUUGAAAGUUUAAAAGAAAUCUUUAUUUUAGGGCCCAUUCUGCUAAAAUUUAUGACAGAUCUAGACCAAGGUGUUUUUUGUAUUUUCUCUGGGGGACCUCUUUGUCCUUUAGACCAAGGAACUACAGCUUCCAGAUAUGGAAUUCCCCAUCUAUACUUUAUGUUUCACUUUUAGGUGAAUGUCAGGUGUUUAUCUUGCCUGCAGACCUUGAACAGGGAGUGGUGGAUGACUUAGCCCAUGAUACAGGUUAACACAGCAUCUGAACAGGAAAAUAAUUCCUGUAAUAAUAAUUUUCCUGGAAAAUAAUUCCCGUCUUGAGAAAGUGGGCAGUAGGAUAAGUCGUGCCCACUGUGAGGCAUGGAGCUCCAGGAAUGAUCUCAUGCUACUUCUGAAAAAAAUAAAAAAAAAAAGAAUGUAUGCAACUGAUUUAUCAGCAGCUAUAAGCUGGCUUGUUCCUUUCAUAGUCCUUCCAGUGUGCAGCUAUUGCAGAUCACUCAUAGACAUACGGUUUCAACAGUUCUUGCCACAAAAGUGGGGGUUUCCAGGAAAAUGACAGCUGCAGAUUGGAAAUCGGUGGAAGCUGAUUAUCAGUUUAAUGUUUCACCUCUUUGGUUAGUGUUGCAGAAAAUACAUUCGUGACUGCUGUUUCCAGUGCUGUGUUUAGAUCCUGUUCCUGUGUGGGAGGCGCAGUCCCUCCCCAGAGCCUGCCUGCAUCUCCAGGGAUGUCCCAUGGCUUGUGUUCCCCCAGCUCUCACUGGUGGGAGCCAGCUGGAGUUGUGGACCCCCAUUACGGACCCCACACUCACCUUGUGUCUGCAUUGCUCGUGUUGAGUCAAAGACAAGGCAUUUACAUCAAAAAAACAACUUCUGUGGGGAGACAGAGAUGGUGCUGGAGGCAAUCCUGCCCCUGAUACAUUGCAGCUUUGUUAAUCACCACAGAGUGGGAACAGCCUUGCCCUACAGCUGUGGGUGGGAUAAAAGAGUGAAUUUGCUGGCUGGAGUCUGCUGGCCGUGCUGUGAGGAAAGAGGGACAGGAAGAAAAGACCUGGAGCUGCAGGAGGAAGAGAGAAGAAGGAGAGAAAGAGCCAGAGCUGUGUGGAGCUGCCCGUGGGAAGCUACGUGGAAAAGGUAUGAAAGACUUUUAGAUAACAAGGUGCUGAUGCUUAAAGCCUCCUGAAAUUUUAUUGAGGCACUCAGAGUGUCGUGGCUGUCUCCACAACCACACUUCUUUAGCUCAGGUAGGCUGAGACAAACAUUACCCUGUUCCCUGAGGCACAGAGCAAGGCACAAAAUCCCCAGGUGGAUAAAAAAGCAAAGCCUGCCAGCCCUCUCCAUUAGCAGGGGCCAGAGGUAAUCACCCGGGUAAUCAGAAGUUAAUCAGGGAAGCUGAUUCUGGAAGUUAAUGUUCAACUAAGGGCAACGAAUUUUUUGAAGUCAUUUCCCCAACAGAAGGGGCAGGAGGUGCAGAGGAGGAGGGAAAGAAGAGGGAUCUUUAUCAUGGUGAGGAUCAGGGAACCUUUUCAGGAACUUCCUUGACAACAAGCCCGUUUGGGAUUUUUUAAACACAUAAAUUUUUAUAUAUUUUUUAUUUAUUUCUAUCUGAUUUUUUAUUUUUCACAGAUUUGUGCAGUUCCUGCCCUGUGCUGCUGAGCUGCUGGUGCUCAGGGUCAGGGCAGUUUUUGCUGGGCACAAAUUCCCCUUUGCUGGGAAAAGGCAGUGAGGAACCAGGGGAUACAGUCACAGCUCUGUAUCUCCACGGCCCACCCUGUUUUAGCAGGGAGUUGGAGACUGAAAUAAAGCUUCACUACAGGUGGAUGAACUGUCCUAAAAUAUUUUGAGUGUGGAAUACAUAGGUCUUGCUCAUUGAACAUGCUGCUGACUGCUAGGGAAAGGCAGGCUAUGGAAGAGAGCCUUAAAAAGGAAAGGACAGGGGUGGUAAUAAUGAAUCAAAAUACAGAUAUGGUCUGAAAAUAGGAGUGGUAUUUGCAGCUGAGAGGAGGAAUAUUCCCAUCUUUGGGGUGUUUUUUGUUUUUAUUCUUUUUUUCUUAUACUCAAUAGAAAUUCUACCUAAUAUAAGCACAACUGCAUUUUUUGGGGUCAGACUGUGUGAUUCCUUGUUUCCUAGGAUCACAGAACCACAAACUUCUUUAGGUUGGAAAGGACCUUUAAGAUCAUUGAGUCCAACCAUUGAUUCUUAUAGGUCCCUUCCAGAGAGAGAUAUGAUUCCAUGAUUUUCCAUCCCUAACUGUGUGUAAGUGUGGGGAAAAGUCCCUAAAUUUACCUCUAACUUGAGGAGGGAAGGCCAUUAAAGCAAACAGCAUUUCCCAGCCUUCCCAGCAGCUUCUCCAUAAAAACAGAAACUUCUUUGUCCUGCACCUUUUCAGGUCAGUCUAACCCAAGGACAUUAUCAAACUGCACAGUUUCACUUGCACUUUCUGAGCUGCUGCAGUGAUGUCUCCCUUCCUUCCCUCCCUCCCUUUCUCUUUUUCUUUUUGUAGUUCAAGCUUAAAUUUUACAGAAAUGUGUGUCCCCUUUCACUGACUUGACAUUUAUUUAUACCAUCUUAAUUUAAAAUCACUUUGUUUUACAGUUCAUAUUUCGUCCUCUGGCUUCUGUCCACUGCCUGUUUUUAAGCACACUCAUCUCUUUCCUCUUUAGUCAAUAUUAGUUGCUGUGUAUGUUGUGUUUAUGGUGGAGCAGUACAUCAAAUAUUUCUAAGUCCUUACUUCUCACCCAAUAACCAUAAGACUGAUUCAGGGUGACAGAUGGUGUUUUCAGUUUCCAAACUCUUUGCUCUAAACAUAUCUUACAGCAGUUGCUUCUGUGUUUCUUAUUUUGUCUGCUGCAGGCAGCCUCCCAACCCUGACUGACCCCAGUUUUUGCUUUAUUCAACAAUUUUUCACCCAUAAAGCCUGACAGCUGGAGCCUUAAAGCAGAUGCCAGAGCUGGAAUCCCACCAGUGUCAUGUACCACACAGAAAAAGAGCUGGGAUUCCACACAGCACUGCCCCAAGUGCUGCAUUAUGAUGCAAAAGUAUGCAUGCCUGUGGUGAUGUGAAUAUACAGGUUUUCUGGCCAUCAUUUUAGAUUAUAUAUCUAAAAUGAUGGCCAGAAAACAUGUAUAUAAUAUACAACUUUAUUUACCCUCUACUAUCAUCCUGCAUAUAAAUGAAAUAUACCUAUUUACUGACAGAUUAAUGUGUUGAAAUCAGCUCUUUCGGGUCAGGUGCAGCACUGUGAGCCUUGGAGCAGGCCAGGGCUGCCAGUAUUUGUAUUUUUAACUGCAGCCUCACAGUGACUCAGACCUGAGCUCAGAAUUGAAGCCAGCCCUCCGAGGCAGUCAUGAGGAUGCACAGGAACUUGAAAAUCCUCUCUGAUUAGCACAUGCUUUUCUCAAUCUACAGCUGGAUCGUUGGUUGCUGAAGCCAGGAGCCCUUCACUGUCUCUAAUUUAUAUUUAUUUACCUUAAGUAAAUAGAAAAGCUAUUUUGUGUAUUUUAAGGUCAAUUUAGUCUUUUCCUCUUUGUCUGCCCUUCCUUAACUGAAGAAAGGUCUGAGGGACAGAGGAUUAAGAAGGGCAAGGAGCCCCUCAAAGCCCCCCAAGCAUUUCAGUGUUUUCCUGUUCAGGAGUGGUGUGAACGAUGUGGGGAUGACCAGGCUUUGGAGAGGAUAAAAGGUUUGCAAAUGCACCUUCUGCUUUAUGACUCCUGAUUUAGAGGCCCAGGGUGGUGUUUUUAGCAGUAAAUCACUAAGUAUUUUCCGAAAGAGGAGUUCAUAUUGCCUCACAUCAGCCUUUUUUUCUGCCUGUGACCUUUCCAAAAGGGCCGUGCAAGCAGUAAAAUAAUAAAAAGGAAGUACUGAGCUGA